AAAUUUUGUAAAACAAAUUACGAGAAAAAUAUAUACAGAAACGAAAAUUUGUUAAGGCAAAUGCAUGUUGCCAUCUGAAUCACAGAGCAAGUAAAUGACUGUGACGUCAAGCGAGCCAAGGUUAAAAAGUUAUUAGGCUUGGAUUUGUUUCUUCGGAUGAAGUUAUUAGCAAUCUUUCGAGAUGAGCGUCAGUUGGAGUGUUGGCCUGCCAACGGAACUUGGAGAUGAUCUAGUUCUUAUAAUAGAGGCGCAGCUUGGUGGUGCAACCGCACCAGCGGACCCCAAACGAACGAUGAUGAAACUGCGACCAUAUGUGCCCUCCAAGAGGAUUGCCAUACGGGACUCGUCCAUCGACGAGGAUGUCAGCGAUGAUGUCGAGGACGAGGUGUUCAUCAAGGAUGCCAGGUCGGCAAAGCGCAGCGAGGAGCAGGGCCUGAAGCGGCCGCUGAUGGCGCCGCGUCGCAAACAUAGUCCCGGAUCCGGAUCCGGACCUGGAUCGGGAUCGGGAUCCACGCCCAUUAUGAAGCAGCACCGCAGGCGGCGCUGCUGUCGCUGCUGCGAGCCCUUCUGCUACGCCUUGGCCGCCCUAACGGUACUCUGCGCCCUGCUCAGCCUGGCGGCGCUCAUGCUGACGCUCUUCCCGCUGCCGCUGCAGCGCAUCCGUCACUGGUGGCGCCCCGAUCCCGCCCAGCUGGCGGCCAUCUCCUCCGCCGGCGGCCGCAUCAGCUACGGCAGCUCCCAAGGCGGCGAGUUCGUGCCCUGCACCCAGAUCAGUGUCCAGAAGCGCUGGAGUCGCAGCCUGGCGCGGAUGAACAGCGAGAGUCCGCUGCGAGCGGCCGACCUGAACGGCGACGGCAUCCGGGACGUGGUCUUCGGCUACGGCGUGGACGACAACAUCCACUACGAGGGCAUUCUCCUGCCGCGCUGCCAGUCCGCCCAGCAGGGCGAGGAGGUUCCCUGCGAGGGCGGCGUGGUGGCUCUCAAUGGCAUCGACGGAUCCAUCCUGUGGCAGUCGUGGAGCGUCGCCAACGUCUUCUCGCUGCACUGCAACGCGGAUGUGGACGGCGACGGGGGCACCGAUUGCGUGGCAGCUGGAAGAUUGGGGAUGAUCUAUGCCAUUAAUGGCCGCACUGGCUCCAUAAUCUGGCGCUUCCGGGAACUGGAGGUGGAGACGAACUCCCCCAUCGUGAUGGACCUGUACACGAUCAACGUGCUGCGCGACCUGGACGGCGACUCCGUUCCGGAGAUAAUAGCCGCCCAUCUGGAGGAGCGGGAGGAGUCGAAGGCGGGGCACAUAAAGCUGAUCUCGGGGAAGACGGGCAAGGUGAUCCGGAGCAUUCCCACGCCGUAUCGCGAGGAGAUGUUCGUGCCGAUCCAGCUGCUCACGCAGGCGGACGGAACGGAGCUGCUCCUAAUCGUCACCGGGGGUCAGAACACCCCAGGUGGCAUCUACUCCCUGCGCCUCCACUCCCUGAUGGCGCACACCAGCGAGAAGCACUUCACCCCGCUGCACCGGCAACAGGGAUCGGGGCUCAUGGUGCCCGCCGUGCUCACCGACCUCAAUGGCGAUGGCAUCUCGGACGUGGUCGUCGCGGCCUUCAACCGGAGUGUCCUCGCCUUCGACGGAGCCAACUACACGAUGCUUUGGAACUACACAUUCCCCGCCAGCGAGUGCGUCAGUGCCAUUGUUCCCGGUCUAUUUGAUCACGACAACGUCACCGAUUUCAUGGUGAAGUACAACACGGGACCCGGCUUCCCGGUCUACUACUACUCGCAAACGACCAUCCUCAAUGGACGGAAUGGACAGCCACUGCUGGACGCCAUGAUGACGGAUGCGGGUGGAGCGAACAGUCUGCUCGGAGGGGUCUCCAUCUCGCAGAGCUUCGGCGGCGACUUCUUCCUCCACUGGCAGCUGCAGUGCCGCAACCGUCCGGAUGCCCGGGAUGCCUACGAAUUCGUCCCGGACAGUGACAUCAUUCUCCAGGCCAGGGCGGACACCUGCCGCCUGCGGUACAACGAGUCCACGGUGCUGAAGCUCUACGCCAUCGCCAGGCACAUCGAGCCACCGGGCGCGGUCCUCUUCAGCACCGACGACCUGGAGGUGCAGCUGAAUCGCACACAGAGACCGGCGGCGGCUGGGAAAAAGUCGCCGCUGAAGCACCCCAAGCUGCUCAAGAAGCUCCUGGCUGGGAAUCGGGAGCAGCUACUCCGCCAGGUGGCCGCCGGUUCGGGACUGGAUAAUGGAAACGCCAUCGGCAGCGGAACGGAGCAGCCGGCCAGGCGACCUAAGGGCCACCACCGACACAAUCCACUGAUGGAGCAGCAGCUCCAGGAACUUCUGCCCCAGGGAGCUGACAACGAGCUGCCCGCCAGCUUCGGAAUGGCAGGUGGUUACCCCAAGGAAGGAUUCAAGGAGUUUAAGGACUACGACAUCCUGCCGCUGUCGCCGGAGAAUGGGAAUCCGCUUCGCCUGCCGGAGGAGUACGAACUGGUGUACAACGACGAGGUGCCGCCGCUCUUGGAGCAGAGUGACCGGCCCAUCCACCUGCGCUCCAAGUACCCCAGCGCCGGAAGUCGCGAUGUGCGGAGCGGGUUCCUCGAGGGCAGAGGCAUCAGCACCACCACUACCCAAACCACGCCCAGCACCACCGGGCAGCCCAUGUCCGCGCAGUCACCGCUGAGCCUGUGGGACCUGGAGCUGGACAACGAGGCGCGGGAGCAGGCUGCCGACGCCCAGGAGGCCAAUAAGAAGCAAAGGAGGCGUCGCAAGAGACGCGAGAGUGCCGCCGGUGCGACUACAGCGGCCAGCGACGAUGCCGCCGGUGGAGAGGAGUCCCUCGGGACAGCAGACUGGUACCUGGCUUCCAUCUCCUCCACCGGCGUCUUGCUGAAGGCCCUGGGCAACGCCACCUCCUCGCUGGACUUCGCCUUCGUCCUCAACAUCCGCGAAUCGGAGGCCUAUCCACCACUCUUCUCGCCGCAGGACCUCAGCUGCGUCGAGGAGAAGAUCAGCGCCUAUAAAAGCUACACCAUCGACAACCUGCGCGUGCUGCGCAAACAGUUCCUGAAGCAGUGCCUCAGCGAGCGCCUGGUGGACGCGGAGCCGGCCCUGCCCAAGUUCGAGUCGCAGCUGGUGGUGACCCGCAUCGGGAUCACGUGCACCUGCCGCUCCCUGCAGCCGGGCGAGGUCUGCUCGGAACUGGACCCCUUGGAGGCCCAGCGCUGGACGGAGUUCAUGGGGAACUCGGGCAAUGGCUUCUAUGCCAACCACUAAUCGCUGGUCGCUGGCGAGGCGGAGGAUCCGAUGCGGCCGACUGGUUCCUUUUGGCCACCGACGCCGGAACACCCCGCCCCCUUUCCCCCGGCGACAGCCUAUCUCUUUCUCUCGAUGUCUCUGUCAACAGUCACUAUUGUAAUUUAUCGUCAUUUGCAUGUUGUGGGGUUUCUUGUAAUCGUAACAGUAUUUACCUGCGUGUAUUUGUGUAUAUUUUACGAGUUCUUUUGACAAAUAAAACUAAUCACAUUUA